AUGAGCGUUAACAGCAAAGUAUCUCGUGAGAAGUCACAUAGUUUCUCCGAGGUUGAUCAUAUUAGAAGUGGAUCACUCGAAAGCACAGGCAAUGGAGGAAUAUGGCAGUCAUUCAAGAACUCGUUCAAACCAGCUGAACAAUCUCGUACCUUGACACUGAAAGACAUCUCGGAAGAAGAGGAAGCGAAACUUACUAAUGUGGAGAGAGCAGCUUUGAGAUCGGCUAAUUCCCAAUUAUCUCGUUCUUUAAAAUCCAGACACUUGCAAAUGAUCGCGAUUGGGUCUUCAAUUGGAACAGGUUUAUUCGUAGGAUCUGGAGGUGCUCUCAGAGACGGUGGUCCAGCCGGGUUAAUUAUUGCAUGGACUGUCAUUUCUACAGGUGUGUUUGCUACUGUUCAAGGUUUAGGUGAGUUAUCAGUUGCGUUACCUGUAAGUGGUGGUUUUAACAUUUAUGCUACUAGAUUUAUCGAACCAGCUGUUGGAUUUGCUAUUGGAUGGAAUUAUUUCAUGCAAUUUUUUGUGCUAUUGCCUUUGGAGUUAGUAGCGGCCUCGAUAACAAUUAAAUAUUGGAACUCAGAUUUAAAUUCAGAUAUUUUUGUGGCAAUAUUUUGGGUGUCUGUAGUGUUUAUCACAAUGUUAGGUGUCAAAGGAUACGGUGAGGCUGAAUUCGUGUUUUCAUUGGUUAAAGUAGUUGCAAUUAUUGGGUUCAUAAUAUUAAGUAUUGUCUUGAUAUGUGGUGGUGGCCCAACUCAUGAAUUUGUCGGAGGCAGUAAUUGGAGAGAGCCUGGUCCAUUUGCCAAUGGAUUCAAAGGUGUUUGUUCCGUUUUCGUAACUGCUGCCUUUAGUUUUGGUGGAACUGAGAUGAUUGGCUUAACUGCAGCUGAAACAGCAAAUCCAAGAAAAACAUUGCCAAAGGCUAUUAAACAGGUCUUCUGGAGAAUUUGUUUGUUUUACUUGUUAUCAUUGACUAUGAUAGGUACGUUAGUUUCAUAUAAGGAUGAAAGCUUAAUUGGGGCUUCAGAUGUCGACGCGACAGCAUCUCCAUUUGUUAUUGCAAUUCGUAAUGGUGGUAUUGGCGGUUUACCUAGCGUUAUCAAUGCUGUUAUUUUAAUCGCCGUUUUGUCAGUUGGAAAUUCUUCAGUAUAUGCUACAUCGCGUUCAUUGAAUUCAUUGGCCGAACAAGGUAUGGCUCCUAAAUGGACGGGUUAUGUCGAUAGAGCUGGUAGACCACUUGUUGCUAUUUUAAUUACUAAUGUGUUUGGUCUUUUUGCAUUCAUUGCUGCAUCUGACAAACAAGUUGAAGCUUUCGAUUGGUUAUUAGCAUUAUCAGGUUUAAGUUCUAUUUUCACAUGGAUCUCAAUUAAUGUAGCUCAUAUUCGUUUCAGAAGGGCCAUGUCAUAUCAAGGUAGAACCACUGCUGAAUUACCAUACGUAUCACAAUGUGGUGUCUGGGGAUCAUAUUAUGCGUUAUUACUCAAUUGUUUAGUAUUGAUUGCUCAAUUUUGGAUUGCAUUAUUUCCUCUUGGAGGUAGUCCAAAUGCUUAUGAUUUUUUCCUUUCCUACUUAGGAUUACCAGUGAUCCUUAUGUCCUGGUUGGGUUAUAAACUUUGGAAGAAGGAUUGGACAUUAUUCAUUAGAGCUAAAAAUUUGGACAUUGACACCGGUAGAAUUAACAUUGAUAUCGAUGUUCUUCAGCAAGAAAUUGCUGAGGAGAAAGCACAACUUGCUGAGAAGCCAUUCUUUGUAAGAUUUUACAAGUUCUGGUGUUAA